AUGGAAUACACUCCAGGGAAGGCUAAUGUGCUAGCCGACACACUCAGCCGUCCAGUCAUCGAUAGCACUUUGACGGAAUGUGGCGCCUGCCCUGUGUCUGUGGAUGUUCCACGUUGGUACGCUACAUCGACCCGUGAAGCCCAGCUGGCUGAUCCAGAAGUAGCCAAAAUCCUUAACGACUUGGAAAGUUCUGAUGAGCUGUCAGUUCAUCGGUGGUCGGAGAGGGGGUACCUGGUAAACCAAGGUGUUUUGUACCGGUACGUGGACGCCACCGAUACUGAGGAGCCUCAGCUGGAAGUACCUGAGAGUUUGCGGGGCAGAGUUAUGUUUGAGUGUCAUGACUUGCCAACCGCCGCUCAUGGAGGUAUUCAACGGUCUUUGCAUCGUAUAUCCCAGCAGUUCUAUUUCCCUGGUAUGAGACGCUAUAUCACCGAUAACCUGAAGACCUGCACUGAGUGUCAGCGGUAUAAGUCUUCCAACUUGAAACCGCCUGGUUUACUCCAUACUCCGGUACCGGCUCAACGAUUCGAGUUUAUUGCCGUCGAUCUCUUUGGACCGUUACCCAAGGGACCUCAGGGUGAAAGGUGGAUUUUGAUAGUGGAGGACACUGCUAGUAAGUGGGUCGUACUGUUUGCUCUAACCGAGAUCACCGCCGAAACCUGUGCGAAAACUCUUGUAAGUGAAAUCUUUAUGAGGUAUGGACUUCCUAGGCGGAUGAUCUCCGAUAACGGUGUCCAGUUUAUGGCUGAUGUUAUGCAGAAGGCUCUGUUUUUACUAGGUGUAAAACAAAACCUGGUGCCUUUGUAUCACCCAGAAGCGAAUCCGGUAGAGCGGAAGAACCGGGACCUUAAAGCUCACCUAGCCAUUCUCGUUGAGGGUAAUCAUAAGCAAUGGUCUGAGGUAUUGCAUUUCGUCCGAUUUGCUCUUAAUAGCUCAGUCACCGUUUCUACAGGCACCACUCCGGCUUUCUUGACAUUUGGACGUGAGCUCCGUUCUCCUUUGUCGGUUCAGGCUGAUCUACGGGCGGUCAUCGAGUCUGAAAACUUAGUCCCUCAGAUUACACCUUACCUUUUGAAGCUUGCCGACUCUCUCUAG